AAAACUCAGUGUACGGUAUGGCUGCUAAACUGCCGUUUAAGUACACAGGAGCAGUGGUGUUGGGAUCGAACGUCAGUGGUACAUUUACUUCGAUCAUUUUACUGCUUAGCUCAGAGUUCGCUUCGUCGGUGCGAACGGCUGCGAUCUAUUACUUCAUCACCGCCAUGUUCUUCCUGCUGUUAUGUUUCGAUACAUACUUUGCACUACCGUUAAAUAAAUACUAUCGUUACCAUGAACUGAUGAAGGAAAAGGAAAUGGAAUCGAACCAACGAAUGAACCCUAGCCAACGGCCACCCUACUGGACCAUCUUCAAGCAGGCCUUUCCACAGUUGUUCAACGUGUUCUUCGUGUUCUUCGUGACGCUGUCUAUCUUUCCGGCGGUACACUCCGACGUUAAACAGUCUGAUAAGAAUUUCAUGGUACCGGAAAAACAUUUUUCUAAUAUUUGUUGCUUCCUGACGUUCAACCUGUGCGCGAUGCUGGGCAGUUUGGCUACAUCUUGGGUGCAAUGGCCAAAACCUAAGUAUCUUGUCUGGCCGGUAGUGCUGCGUGUGGUCUUUCUGCCGCUGUUCCUAUUUUGUAAUUACCAGCCACUCAAUAUUACGCGGGUGCUUCCGGUGUAUAUUAACAAUGACUGGGUAUUCUGGGGUCUCGGUAUAGUGAUGUCGUUCUCAUCUGGAUAUCUCAGCUCGCUCGGCAUGAUGUAUGCCCCGCAAUCAGUGGAGCCACGAUACGCCAUGACGGCGGGCAUGUUCGCUGCCGCCAUGCUCAUCACUGGCAUUUUCACCGGGCUACUCUUUACAAGACUCUGCCCAAUGUUUGUCCAGCACAACUUCCUCGAUUGGCUAAUCUAGGCCCGGCGUUGGGGGAUGGACGUGUACGAUGACUAUUUCUCCUCGUAAACUGCACCGUACCAUUUCCGAAUGUCGUUAGUCGAUUGGCUUUGUGGUCAUUUCGCAGGAAUUUUGUGACUGUUUGAGAGGAAGAGUGGUAGGGGAUUUCUUACAGCAAAGUUCAAAGUGUGUCCGAACCUUAUCAUAUCACACAGAACAUUGAUGGAAAGGUUAACGUAACAUUGCUCAAGCAUACAGUCUUGUGGCUAUGGGUGCGCACCUGGCGUAGCUGAUCGAAACCCGUUAGCAGCACAAAAUAUUGCUAAAAAUCUCUCAAAAUUUAAGCAUAUAAGAAAAACAAAAAAGGUUUUCUCUUUUCGUUUUGUUUUUGUAACGUUAGUUUCAUUUUCUUUGAUUUAAUACAUUUGAAAUGAGUAUGUUUCUGUGUGCAUUCACCUACGGUAAGUGAUGGACAUGAUGGAUUGAAAAAAAUUGCAUUCACAUUUCGUAUCCCUCAGGAACAAAUUAUUUGAUCAUAAUGACAUCUUCGAUGUUUUACACGAAUUUUGUAUUGUUCAUAACAAACGCUGUAUUUGCUCGUAGCAUGUUGAUCAAUAUUAGUAAAUUGCAUUGAGCAACACUUAGUGGAAGGAAUCUAUAAAAUGCUGAAAUGCUACUUUCUACCACAGCACGCCAUCAAGUGUUUCAAUCUCAUCUUUCGCUCAUUUUAUUAUCAUUUUACUUUCAUUCAAUCUAGUUAAGUUGUCUAGUUCGGUCCAGUUAAGUUGCCAAAAUUCAUCUCAUGUUAAGAAUAUAAACCAAACAAGAAAUCCAGUCAACAAUGAAGCGUAGCCGUGCUUACGCUCUCAUCUCAUAUGAACUCAAUACCGAAAGAAGGUAAACUCAGCGGCAUUUUUGGCUUAUGCGGAGACUGAUGUAUCAAAAAUGCAGUGCGUAAAUUGAAACCAAAAAAAGCAGAAUUGUCAACAGGUCUUAUUGAUGUAUAUGCCACAUUAUCGGCCUACGUUCGUUCGUUGUGUAACCAAAAAAAAUUUAUUGCAAGCAAGCAUCUGUUUGUCGAAGUCAACACUAUGAAACAAUCAUUUGCUGCAACCAGACUGCUCAAUAUACCUUAGAUACCCUUACAUUACAGACUGUUCAAUUUUAAGUGGGCGUAGGGGGGUACACGUAGACGUAGAACUUAAAGUGGACGUAAUGAUUUUUCAUUGUUUACUAUGAUUUCAAAUACUUGAAAAAAUUCAGAUAUUUAAGGUUUAAGUUUGAUUUAAGUUUCGUUUUAUUUUCUGAAAACUCCAUCUUAUGUAGCAUUUGCGUUUGUUUGAGAAAUGAUUUAAUAAAGAUGAUUUCCGAAUCGA